AGAGCGCGCGGAUCAGAUUUGUAGCAUUGGAGGUCGUUUGCCUCAGUUUACUUAAAUUGUUGCUACUGGUGUAAUGGAUAUAUUAUUUGGUCGUGUGGUGUAAUUUUAAGCGUUCUCUAGCAUCACAUGGAUCGCAACAUGCCGACAGUUUAUGCGCGUCUAACAACGGGAAAAACCACAUAUGAAAUGGUAAAACAUCAAAUUACAAUAGGUCGGGGUUCAGCCGUGUACCCCGUUGACAUUGAUAUAGGCUGUUCUUCUUAUGUUUCUCGGCAACAUUUAGAAAUUAUCUGGAAAACUGACUGCUUGAAACUUAAGUGCAAAGGCAAGAAUGGAAUUUUUAUUGACCAAAAUUUUCGACCAUACAGUUCCAAGUUUCUGUCCAUCCCACCAAGGUGCGUUCUUCGAUUUCCAAGCACAUCUAUCUGCGUCCAAAUAGAACAGUGUUUCAUGUCUUAUGAAAAGAGUAAUAGUUAUACAAACUACGUGUCUUCCCUUAAACUGGAUUCAUACGAGUCUGGAAAUAGUUGUUUACCUGUGAAUGGUGAUAAUCAACCUUCUCCAAGGAUUAGUUCAAAGACCUUCAAUUUUAUUGGACCCUCAGAAAACUUGACCACAACAACCAGUCGCACACGUCGCAAACAAGCACUGAUACCAGCCUGUAGAACGACUUAUGGCAACGUUCACUAUUCUAAUGUUCAGAAGAACACAACUAGUGAUGUAUCUUGUGAACUAAAGAAUACCUCGGAUACCACUCAACAUGGUAAAAAUGAUAGUAAUCGAACAGAGACUGAUAUACAUCAACAAACAAGUUGUAUUGGCAAUAAUGCUAACAUUCAGUACAUCCACUUGAAAUCUAAAGUUGAUCUGCCUUUUUCAAAUGUGGAUUCUAUUGGUGACGGUAUAACUUCCGUCAAGUCAUCACAAAACUCCAUUUCUGCACCUGUUGUUCACUUAGCAGCGUUUCCAGCUGUAGAGCGUGGAGAUCAGUUCACGAAACCCCCAUACUCUUAUGCUCAACUUAUUGCUCAGGCAAUCUCAAGUCAGCCAGAUCGUAAACUUACUUUGAGUGGGAUUUAUGAUUUCAUUAGUAGAAAUUAUUCAUAUUAUCAAUUAGCUGAUAAAGGCUGGCAAAAUUCAAUUAGGCAUAAUUUGUCACUUAAUUGUCAGUUCGUAAAAGUUCCUCGUUCACAAGAAGAUCAUGGUAAGGGUUGUUUCUGGAGAAUCGAUCCAGAGCAUGAAGCUAAAUUGUUAAAUAUUGCUUUCCGUAAACGUCGUAUAAGAGCCUGUGAUACAAGUUCAUUUUUAACAAAUAAUCGAUAUCCAUUGACAUCAUUAUCUUCAAAUGGGAAAUUUUAUAAUUAUAUUAUUCCAAAAUCACUAAUAAAUCAAUCACACAAUAGUUCAAUCAUAAUGUCAACAGGCGGUAUUCAUUUACGAAAAUCAUAUAAACGAUCAAACAAAUCUCCUGACCAACUAAAAACUCCUUACAAGCUUGCAUUAUCGUCCCCAUCACUUGAUGUAAACAUACAACAUACACCGCUAACUCAAAACAAGGAGGAUAGUUUAAAUGUGAUUACUUUCCAACCUGUCGUUCAUAAUUUGGUUCCAGUUAAUCAAGGUUAGUCGUGAUAUUGAUUUUAACUACUCUCCUACCCUCGUUCUGUCACUAGUCAAAUUGGUACCUGCUAAUGCUCUUCUAUCUUGUAAUUAGAGACAAUAAAGUAAUGACUUCAUGGAUCAGGGGUUAAACCCUAGCUUUAUAUAGUGAGUUGGGUGUUUGCAUAGUCUGGUACCCAAUCUUACACAUGACUGCCACAUUGCAGUUUUCACUUUGUAUCUAUAUGAAAUUAAAUGCUUGCUAUCAAAUGAUAAUCGUCGAUGUUAACCUUGAGAUUUAAAGAAUUUUGACUAACUACCUGUAUUUCUAUCAGUAAAGGAAUUCAAAGAAUAAAGGAUUAGUAAACAGUGACUAACAUACAAAUUAUUUCUGAAUUUUGAGUAAAUCUUUUACGUCAAAAACGUAUUCCUCAGGUAUUGGUGGCUAAAAGAUUUCUUAUGCAUACUAGUUUUAAUAACAAUUUUAUUGUUUACACUCCCUAAAAUUAUGUAAUCGUCUCUAUUUCUUACUACUCAAGUCAGUAGUGACCGCUCACACUAACUGUGUUAUCGAAAUUUACAUUUUUUUUAUCUCCGUUUACUAUGCCGUUUGUGCCCUAAAAAUACAUGUUUGAUAUUAUUAAUGAUUGUAUGCUUGGUUUAGACUCGAACUGAAAAAAAUCCACAAGAAGACUUCAUUUUCUUUUUAGAAAAUAACAUUCUUCACUCAACACUCAUGUCCUAAUUAAAACUAGUCAUUUUUCAAGAUUGUGUAUAUUUUCUUAUUCGAAUCAUUUCUUACCAUAUAUUAGAUAUGUACUACAUCGUUAUGCAAGUAUACGUUUUUUCCUUUCAUUUCAGCGUCCUCUUCCGUUGUACGGAUUAUGAACACUAAACCUAUACUAACAACUACUUUCAAGUCAAGUCAUCAUAAAGAAGACCAGUAUAAUAUUUCACCUUAUCAUGCUGGUUCUGUUGUUGUACAACAGCCUACUUAUUCUUUACUAUCUUAUUCUAAUUCUUCCCAGGAUACAACUGUAUUCCAUCAGAACAGUAGUGGUACAAAUUGACAACAUAGCUGUUUUUCUGUUUACACACAGUGAUGUGAUCACCUUUAAAAAGCUUAAUUGCUAUCGUUUUUAACAGCUAAAGCUUUUUUACCUGAACAAAAUAUGAGUUUUUAUCCUUUUUACAAUUUAACUAAUAUAGUUUCUUUUAUUAGUGAUCAUUUAUUAGCUAUGAAGAACUGGAAAAACAAUUGGCUGUGCAAAGUGCUUUUAUAUGUAUUUCUGCAUUUUCUUACUGAUUUUAUUUUUGAUUACUGCAUCCGUAUCAUUUAUACCAAUCUCCGUCGUUUCUAUUUGUGUGAAUAUCAUUUCAGCUCCCUCUUUCCUUUGUUUUUCUCCUGUCCUGUUUCAUUGUUUAUGAUUACCCUUCCGUUGUUUCCUUUUGUAGUCACAAUCACUACGUUGCACACACAUACAUGCAUAUCUGUCUUUAGACAAUCACUCAUUUAUUUUUCUAUAGGUGAUAAUUUUCAUGGUAAAAAAUGGUAUUAAUCGCUAAACAUUUAAAGCAAUCAUGCUAAUGAUUUGA